CAUCAGAGCAGUUAUCCUCGCAGAGCCCGAACCAGUUGCCGUCAGGACUCGGUACGAUUUGGACGCGUUUUCUCGAGCACCAAACCCGCGGACGGUUUGUCUUGGACUGUGCUAGGUCAGUGCUAUCUAGCACAGGAGCAACAAUAGCAGCAACAGCAGUAGUGGCAGCAGAAUCAGAAGCAGAAGCAUCGACAGGCUCAUUGAGUUGGCAAGCCAGGCAGCAUCCAAUAGCCUCUAGCAGCUGUUGUCGAGCUCCAUUGAGCAUCAUCAACCAGUAUUGGGGGAGCUGCUUCUGGUGCGGAGUAAUGAGUUUUGGUCGGUUGGAGGGGGUACCUUGUUGGGUAUCAAAUGAUCCACCUGCGGGGCCGUCCCCACCCUUCAUCCGAUGUUGACAAAUAGUGGCCAGCUUGUGUAAUACAGUGCAGUGCGGGGUGUCUAAAGGUUAUACGGAAACGUCUGAAACCUACAUUUUCGAAUGGAUGAAUAAGGAAAAAAGGAUAAUUGUGGCACAUUCCGUUGAAUGGAUGUUGGUGGACUUCCCGGAUACUGUUACCCUUGCAGGCCUUCAGCAUUCCUCGUGGGAUUUGAGAGAUGCUGUAGUGUAGAUAAGACCGGAUCAAAGUGAAUCUAGGCGCAUCACUAAGGAAAGACGGAUACACAAGCAAAAAAGCAUUACCAUAAUUUUAGCUUCAGCUGUCUGUGGGAAUUUCUACGUUAUUUACUAGUCAUACCGAGAGCAGAGUGUUUUGGUUGCGAUGGUUAGUUCCUGGGAACGGGUCUGGAAUGGCUAACAAGGCCAGCAGGAUGUAGCCAACGGCUAGUGUUUCACACAGUGUAGGUAUUUGCACGUGUAGCGUGUCUCACAGUGUGUAAAGCAAAACGGAGGCUGGACGGGGUCCAUCACCCAACGAAGCUACGAAUCCCUAGCGUCCCUGUUUGACUAACCGUGCCAGGUCUAGAUGGAGUGCAAAUGACGGAGUGACGAUAACGCAAUUUAGCGCGCCGGGUCGAGUUCGGGUCGGGUUAGGUCGUCGGUAGGACAGGGGGAGACGUCGUUCAGUCGGUGUAUCUAUGUGCUGUGCAAGUUUCACCAGGAAGGGAAACGGAUCCGGAAGCUGGUAAAUAAGCGAAGAAGAGCACAGCCCGAAAGCACCGGAUAAAGUGUGUGCUUCCCGCGUCGUGUCUCCCGGGUGGGGAAUUGACGGGUAAACGUAUCUUACUACCAAGCGAAGAAACGAAGUGGUAAAAAUGCGCUGAUGCUGGUCUGGUUCCUCGCUGGACGACGGCACAUGGAUUAUUUCCCCCGAAACGGGUUGCAUCGUAAGUGACACAGAGGGGACGGGGAUUGAGUGAAAAGUUGUUUUAUAAGAAUCAUAACAAGACAAGUCGAAGGAACGGGGAAGUGUUUGGAUAAAUUCGAGAAAUUGUGAAAAGUUGUUAUGAGUGCAGCUACAUUAAGUUGUUUGGAAUAAUUACAUCACCAUUGGCUAUCGGAUGAAGAUGGCUGCUGCUGUAACCGCCGACGGGAUGCCGCGAAGCUGAACCAAUUGAAUCGGAUAGACUACCCGUCGUCUUCGUCCUGGCCGUCGUCGUCGUUUUUCGUCUGGUGGGUUUGUGAAAGAAAAAAGUGCCGGUAAAUCUAUGCGGAGUACACCGCUACCGCCCCGAUGACGCGACGAGUGCGCGCGCGAAAAGCUUCAAGUGUUUCGAAUUAAACGCGAUUGAUACGCAUUCCGUGCAAUAAACGGGCGGCGGCACAUUGCGCACCGUGUGGGUCGGUACUAAAUGUCGAUUUCAAGUGAACCUUGCUUAUUGUUUUACGCUUCGACGAGUGCUUCUUUGAAGUAUCCCGUGAUACAUUCCGUUGUAAUCCACAAGUGCUACGAGUGAAAACACAAAAAAAAAUCUCAGCCAUGGCACACAGGCACCGCCAGCAGCUAAACGGCAUCAUCAUAUCAUUACUACUUUCGGUUGCCCCGGGGCAGGCAGUGCUUCUUCGCCACUUGUGUGCGGGUCAUAAAAAUAUCGCAAUCAGUUAAACCGAACCGACCCGCGAGAGCACCGUAAAUUCGAACAACGCUUUUCCACAUGAGGCGCCCCAGUCGAGGCGCCACCCGCCGAAAAGUGCUGAGCUUAGCAGUUUUGCUCGUCGUCGCCGUCGCAGCCGCCACCGCCCUCAGCGCAAUUUUACAGCCAAUUGAGGCACGUGUUUUGCCCUCGUUGACAAACAACAACAAUUCCACCACUAGCACAAACACGACAACAACGAUGGAAAAGGGUGGAAAACAACAACAGGAUCAACAACGACGCCACAUUCUGGUGGUGGUUCAACGGUCCCUGUCGAGUGCCGGAGUCGCUGCCUUGGAGCGAGAAUUUCACGAUUUCGUCAAAUUGUUUUUCCUGGAGCAGGAAUGGCGCGAAGAGGAUGAAGAGCUUCAGCAGAGGAUUCGGUUCCGCCCCUGGCGAGAUUUGGCCAGCUUCGAGCGAUGGCUAUCGGAUCCAUCGAACGCAGUGGUGCUCUACGCAGCUGGUGACGAGCAGGACGGUUUGAGCACUAUUGGAUACUGUGACAGUCUGUCGGCUCAUCUUUCGUCUAUCUAUGGCAAACCGGUGUUGUUCUGGCCAUGUCCUCGUAUGCAGCAAACCGAGAAGUUUGUACCAUCCUUCGAGACGGUGUCAUUUGCCGUCAAAAGUAUUUCGCAGCAGUUUAAUUGGACCGAGGCAAUUCUGUUCGCAGCAGAUUCCAACUGGGCGCUACCGCUAGCGCUGGCAACCAACCUACACAUCCCCUACCGGAUCGUUCUGGGAGGCGACGAGCUCAAGCUGCCCGAGCGUGACAUCAACGGACGGGUGAUAAUCGUCUGCUCGUCUAUCAACUCACCGCAAACAAUUAACGCAAUCAAUCAACUGAAGACGCUCCGCCGGACGAAGAUCCUGCUCCUGGACACGAUUGGGACAAUCUUCAAUAGCAACAACGCCCUCUACCGGGGAAUCGUCCGCGAUGGCACGUGGAGCGACGAUGGCCCAACGAACAACCGCAAUCUGCUGGUGCUGACUAUUUUGACCGAACAUUUCAAACUGGCACUCAGGCGGGUACACGGCGUUGACCUGGGCGACUAUCAGCACAUUAGCGAACGGUUGCUGAAAAUUCGACUGGACGUCGAUGAUGAUGAUGGUGAUGAGGGCGAAGCUGGACCCGAUAACGAUAGCGAUGGCAAUCAACGAGAUGACAUUGUUGCUUCAGGGCAGACAUCUAAUCGCUCACUUAGAGAAGGCACCACCAGCGAGCACCAAGAAUCGCUCCAGAGCCUUAUUAAUUCGACAAAUUUGACCUCAUCAGACUGCGAUUUAAAUUAUUUUCUCACCGACAUCGACGCAAGCAAUUUGGACCAGCUCCAGGACCUAGCCGGGAGCCAAUCACGCUGCCUGGAAACUCUGGACAGCUAUUGUGACAUGGACAACGGCGAUGGUGCCACCGUUGACGCCACUUAUCUCAAUUUGGCGACCAACGACAACGUGAGCGCCGACGAGCUUCUGGGAAAUGGUAGUGAAGUGUGGAACGAGGGGACGGGUGCAGGGAUCGAUCGGCGGAAAAAGAAUACCGAGCAAUUAUGUGCGCUGCUGAGUGAAAGAUACCGAAAUUUGGUGCUAAUGGGAGAAGAGACUUCGAGUAGCUUUAACCGGUCACAGUCGGUGACCACCAGUGGGCGUAGGUUAAUUUUUAGUGCUAACUUCUAUCUGUAUGAUUACAUCCUUGCCAUUGAGCAUGACCUGCGGUAUCAGCAUCCGCAUCACCAACAUCAGUAUCAGUUUGAUUUCAUAGUGUUUGACCUGAAGAACAUAUCGAACCACCGGACUACGAUAGUGUGGAGACCGUUUCUGAUUCUGAGGCAGGAUCAGUUGAAUCGGCAGAAGUUCAGUAUGCAUCCGGUUCUGCCGGGAUACAGCGACUGGAUGAUCGAGGCUACGAUGGAGUCGUUUUGGAUCUGCGGAGUGCUGUGCUGGAGUGUGAUAGCGAUCGUGGUGCUGAUAAUAGUGUCGAUCAUCUUCGCGAGUGUGGUGUUUAGCAUCGCAGUGAGGAACUAUCUGCUGAAGAACCGACUCUCCAAGGGACCAAACAAAAUCGUUCUCUCGCCGUCGGAUUUCGUCUUUCCGGUCGACAUGAGAAGGGUUGACGAAGGUAUCGAGGCGAUGCUGUGCUGUUGGCUCCAGCAGCUGCAGGAAUUCGGUGGGCCUGAAGUGGAAAAGCCGGACCUCCUGAAGGGAUCUAUCGGGUCUCUGAAAAACCUGGGCUUACCACCUCCACCGAAAACGGGCUCCGGCAGUGACACACUGGUGCGUCACAACACCACGGUGGCCGGAGCGCUGGAGCUAAAAGCUCGAUACAAUGGAGAUCUAGUGCAGCUAAAGGAAAUCCCUCCCAGCUCUGGGUCGUCGUCGUCGUCCCAGGAACUCAAAACGAAGGCGAUGGAUCUGCUCGUAAUGGCGCACGGUUUACGGCACGAGAAUAUUAAUCCGCUAAUAGGUUGGCUCAACGAACCUACCCGAACGGCUUUGGUGUUUGAACACUGCUCCCGUGGUUCGCUGCAGGAUGUGCUCAUCAUGGACGAAAUCAAGCUCGAUUGGUCCUUUCGUCUAAGUCUGCUAACAGACCUGGUACGUGGAAUGCGAUACCUGCACGGUUCGCCUAUCCGGGUUCACGGCUCGCUCUCGUCUCGGAACUGCGUGGUGGACGCCCGGUGGGUGCUGAAAAUCACCGACUACGGCAUGCUGAGCUUCUACGACGCGCAAGGCAUUACGCCACCGCCGAAAAGUGCCAAAGAUUUGCUCUGGACAGCACCGGAAGCACUGCGGGCCGUCAAAGCGUACCCCAAGGGAGGCACGCAGGCCGCCGAUGUGUACGCGUUCGGAAUCAUCAUGCAGGAGGUGGUCGUCCGGGGGGAGCCGUACUGCAUGCUGUCCCUGUCGCCGGAGGAAAUUAUAGCGAAAAUCAAAAAACCUCCCCCACUCAUACGUCCGUCCGUGUCGAAGGGAGCCGCCCCGCCGGAGGCAAUUAAUAUCAUGCGGCAGUGUUGGGCCGAAAGUCCCGAAAUGCGACCUGAUUUCGUAAUGAUCUGUGAACGCUUCAAGCAAUUAAACCACGGCCGGAAGGUCAACUUUGUGGACACCAUGUUUCAAAUGUUGGAAAAGUACUCCAACAACCUGGAGGAGCUGAUCCGGGAGCGAACCGAGCAGCUCGAUAUGGAACGGAAAAAGACUGAAUCACUGCUUAACCGGAUGCUGCCGAGCUCCGUUGCCGAACGCCUCAAGCUUGGACUCGCCGUCGAACCGGAAGAGUUCUCCGAAGUAACAAUCUACUUCAGCGACAUCGUUGGCUUCACAACGAUAUCCGCCCACUGCACGCCCGUCCAGGUGGUGGACCUACUGAACGACCUGUAUACCUGCUUCGAUGCCACCAUAAACGCCUACAACGUGUACAAGGUGGAAACGAUCGGCGAUGCUUACAUGGUCGUUGGGGGCCUACCCGUCCGAACGCCAGACCAUGCGGAACAAAUUGCUACCAUGGCGCUGGACCUGCUGCAUCAGAGUGGCAAUUUCAAGGUUCGCCACCUACCGGGUUCCGUUGCAGCUCCGCAUCGGAUUACACACAGGUCCAUGCUGUGCCGUGUCGUCGGAUUGACAAUGCCCCGAUACUGUCUGUUUGGCGACACGGUCAACACGGCCUCCCGUAUGGAGUCAACAGGUACGGAGCUCAGUCACCCUCAGUCAAACGGGGAACGCGAUUUGAGCCGGAUCUGUUCGCCCGCUUCGGUAAAGUUUACAAAUCUGACCUUUCCGAAGUGGCGAACAUGGCGGCCCAGAUCUCGGUACCAUCCAUUCAGCGCCAGCUGCCAUAAAUCACUCACUGCCAUUAUUCAUCGCACUCAUCAUAUUUUCGUCAUCAUCGUAAAAUUCUGCACGCACUUCAUUUUCCGACAUGGGGCCACGGGUUGGGUUGGGUUGGGUAUGUACACUGACUGUCAGUGCCAGACAUGGCGACGGACGGCCGCAAGCGCCCCGACCAAAUGUUUUCCCGGGUCGGUGUAAACAGUUUUUCAUCCCAAUGCCUGCCUGCCUACCUAUUGUAUACCAACCAUUAUACGGUUGGGAUCCAACCGAAUGAUAUUGUCUCGGUGAAACAAAGUCAUCAUUUUCACCAUCUUUGGCGGAUGGCACACAGUGGUUCAGAGUUUCGAUAAUUGUACAGAUACAUUUAAAUUAGUAAGCAAAGCAGCCUUGGAAUUGAUUGUAA